AUGCACUCACGUGUUGCUGCAGUGAAGGUACCCCGCACACACAACCGUCGCCGCGUGACCGGAUCCAGCGGAAGGAGGAGGGAAGGAAGGGAGAGUGAGCCGCAGAGGCCCAACAUGCCCCGGUGUGUGUUUACUUCCACGGUGCUGCUCCUCCUCGUCGUGAUGAUGUGCUGCGGCACUGGUGGAGUUGCAGCCACUGAUAAUGGGGCUUCAACGCCAGUUGAGGGAACUUCACCGGAGAAAUAUUUUGAUUGGAGAGAUAAGAAAAGUGACGAAACAGUGAGUUUGCUCCGUGUUCCCAGUCUUGUUGAGAUGAAUGGUGGAGUGUUUGCCGUUGCCGAGGCGGAGUUCACGGAAGCCAGUAACAGCGGUUUUACUGGGAUUGCCUCGGAGCUCUUGAAGUUAACUGAUCAGGAAUCAAAAGAAUUGGGUACAGCCCAGGUGAAGACACAAGUACUGGUGGAAUGUCCUGCCGAAAAUAAGAAUUGUGCCUCCCAUUCAGAAGUUUUGGCUGUUUCUCAGAGUAAGAAGAAAGUACAUGUGAGCCGGCCAACAACAGUUGUGAAUGGAAGUGAUAUUCACAUGCUUGCUGGAACCUACAGUUUUGAGGUUACUGAAGGCGUUGAUCAGACAGCUGCAGCAGCUAAAUGGGGACUUUUGGUGGCGAGCGGCAACGUCAGUACUGAGGGCAGCGAUAAAAGAAUUUAUUGGAACGACGCUUACGUUAUCCCGUGGACUUAUUUUGAAAAACGACACGAAUCCUUGACACCGCUGAUUGGCGGCGGCGGAUCGGGUAUUAAGAUGAAGGACGGUACGCUUGUGUUGCCCGUGGAAGGCACGAAGGAUGGAAAGGCCGUUUCGCUGAUCAUAUACACAGCCACUGAUGGUGGAAAUCUGUCGAACGGGAUGUCUGCCGAUGGCUGCAGUGAUCCCUCCGUCGUGGAGUGGAAGGACAAACUCAUCAUGAUGACUGCGUGUGAUGAUGGCCGCCGCAGGGUGUACGAGUCCGGUGACAAGGGGGAUUCGUGGACGGAGGCACUUGGGACACUCUCGCGCGUGUGGGGCAACAACCAAAAGCGACAUGAGAGGGGCGUUAGUAGCGGGUUCACCACAGCGAUGAUUGAGGGCAGGGACGUGGUGCUUGUUACUCUUCCAGUCCACUCCAAAAAAGAGAAAAAUGGAAACAACAAUGAAAAGGGCGUACACCAUCUUUGGCUGACGGACAAUACGCACAUUGUUGAUAUUGGGCCGGUAUCUGGAGAAGGGGACGAUGCUGCCGCCAGCUCCCUGUUGUACAAAAGUGCUGAAGGUGAAGAUAAGAAGGAGGGGUUGAUUGCACUGUACGAGAAGAGGAAGGACGAAGCAUCACUCGAUAUGGUGUCUGUGCUUCUGACUGAGCAGCUGAAGCGGGUGAAGAAAGUACUGACGACGUGGAGGGAAGUGGACGACCGUGUCUCCAAGCUGUGCCUCACUUCACGUGCCACGGUGAGUAAAUCAACUGACACUGCCUGCACUACUGAUAAGAUCACGGAUGGGCUGGUUGGCUUUUUGUCUGGCAAAUUCUCUGAUAACACAUGGAGGGACGAGUACCUCGGGGUGGACGCCACAGUAAAGAAAGGAACGAAUGAAGUGGCAACAGGGUAUGCGGAUGGCGUAACAUUUAAAGGACGUGGUGCGUGGGCGGAGUGGCCCGUUGGCGCGCAGGGGGAGAAUCAGCUGUACCACUUUGCGAACUACAAAUUCACUCUUGUGGCGACGGUGUCCAUCCACAAUCUGCCGAGGGGAGAUACCUCCAUUCCAUUGAUGGGUGUGCGUCUGGACGGUGGAAAAAAGCUUAUGGAGUUGUCGUACGACAGCCAAAAUAAGUGGCGGGUGUUGUGCAGUGACGGAACAACCAAGAAGCUUAAAAGCACUUGGGCGACAGAGACACAGUACCAGGUGGCCAUUGUGCUACAGAACGGCACCCAGGGCUCCGUGUACGUCGAUGGUCAGCGUGUGUGUGGGAGCGCGCAACGUGGAUUGGAAGCAACAGAACCGCAAGAGAUCUCCCACUUCUACAUUGGAGGGGAUGGAGGCAGCGCAGGGGGCCAAGGAUACGUCUCUGUGACUGUGAGGAACGUCCUGCUGUACAACCGCCCGUUGACUUCUUCUGGCCCCGAUGCCGAAGUGGAAAAAGAUGUUGGGUCACCAGCGGGAGCUGUUUCUCGCACCAAAACAGGGGAUGAAAUGAAAACGGAGGGGAAGCCUGCCACCACACAGCAAGUGCCGACGGCUCCGGACUCCCAUGCCGUUGGGGAAGCAGCGGGCAAUGCCGGCAGUAUGCGUGGGAGCGGACUGCUGUCAUCGCUUCUUCUGCUGUUGGGACUGUGGGGGUUUGCGGCUCUGUGA